UCUGUCUCCCGGGUUUGGGAGUUGAGGAUCGGGGGUUGGUAGGGUCAACAGGAGAGGGGUCUCCUAAUUCCGGGACAGCUGGGCCUGCUGGGGGUGCGGGGCGCCUUGUGUGUAGCCCCCAGAACAGUGAGUUCCUUCUCGGGGGGAAGGGAGCUGAGGGCUGCGGGCCGGAGGAACGGAAGCUGCACCUCCCAGCCUGCAGAGUACGUUCAGGAGAGGGGUGCCGCUGCCGGCAGGUGCGAAGGCCCAGCAUCUCGCCGCACCGGCCGCCGCGCCACCCUCUCCUGUGGGGUCCCCGGAAGGACCGUGUCGACUGGAGACGGUCUGCUCUCCUGGAACUUCACCCCGCAGUGCACCCAGCCUGCGCUCCCUGCUAGCACUUCUUAGAGCUAAACUUCAGGCAGUGCAUUUUCUUAGGAAGUCUUUUUAAUCCAAGCACCGUCCCAUCCUAAUCACCUUUUUGCUGUAGGACAGUGAAAACAGCCCUUCUCUGUGGAGGAACAGCUUAAGGACAGUCUUUUAAUACCAUUUAUGGCCUUGAGUUUGCUACCAUGUUGCUUAGCCAGUGUUCCUGAGGAUUCCUUUGUUACCAAAGUUAAUAGUUUCUUAGCAGGGAAAAUGGUAUCACAGGUAUCUGUUACCUAGACUCUUGCUUCUUUUGUAAAGACUUUGAUAGAAAUGUGUAACUCAGAGAGCAAAGCGUAUUACUCCAUUUGAACAGCUUUACUCUUUUCUUUUUUCUCUUUUUGCUUUCAGGUAUAUUCCCUUCCCCCUCAAACACUGGGAAUUUUUGUAAUUUAGACGAGUUUCAUUUAGCCUGAGAAUUCUUAGGGAAUGCCAGCUCCCUUUAUAUAAGGUCUAGGGAUAUUAAUUGAUUUUCUAAAACUCCAGUCAAUACACUCCAGAAGAAAGGACCUGAUCAUUUGCAGGUUGGAGUUACCCCCAGCUCUGCUUCCUGCUCUAGUUCACUGUUAAAUAAGGGUGUGAAAGUCGUGUCCAAACAGGCUUGGGACUGAAUCCUGAUCUACCACAUUCUGCUUGUGAACUUUGGGAAAGUUCCUUAUUGCCUGUUUCGUUAAUCUAUAACAUGCUGGUUAUUGUUUAUACACUUCUGAGGGCUAUUGUGAGAAUUAAAUGAGAAAUGUUAUGUGUUUAGUUUACUGCGUGGGCACAUUAUAGACAGUAACAGGAUGAAAAUUAUAAGUACGCCAUCUUUUGUUUUCUGUGUGUGCCUUUGUAUAUCCUUCUUUUAAGCUCUCAUUUUUUCCUGAACUAUGCUAUUCUUUAUAUCCCCAAAUGGAUGCCAAGUCCAUAUAUAACCACCUUUCAGUGAAAGAUAACAUUUCCAGUCCCAUAAAGUAGGUCAGGGAUUGUAGUUGGGUCCAGAAAAUAAAGUUCAGACUGAAAGGGAUAUUGGGAUUAUGGUAGAGAAUAAAAGUUUAGGAAGGAGUUCCCUUGUUAGCCUCCUUUUUAUAUUUAGAGAUAAUUGGCCAUAAUUACUCUAGCCCUGCUUUGUCCUAGUUUCUUGUUAAGAGUUAUAUAAAUCCUGACUUUCUUUUGAAAUUGACUUCAGAGGUUUCAUCCUUCUGUCAAGGACCCAGUUAUUCUUUCUACACUAAACGGAGUUCUUUUUAGCUGCUUCUUAUACUUGCAUAUUGAUUCCUUAAAGUCUUAGUAUUGGUGCCUUUUUUUCAAUUAAAAGUGUUUCUAAGUUCCAGGUGGACAGUGAGUAUUAGUAUUCAUUCUAUUUCUGAAGCUUGAUCUUCAGACUUUAAUGUGAGCAUUUAGUUUUUUAAUCAUUUCCUUAGGAAAGGUAAAUUGGCUUAACCCUUAAUUCUAAACACUUGUGUCUGAGAUAAGAUUUUUUUUUUUUCUAACAGGACUUUUAAAGUCUGUGUUUCUUAUUUCAGUAUGCUCCCCAGAAUAUUAUGUGCUUAGAAUUGUUAUGUUGCAAUGGUUGGGAAGGAAGGAAGAAAACCAAAUUUUAACAAAUGCCUCCAAACAUAACCUGUUUUCCUUCUGCAGGAUUUCUGAUCCCUAACCUGGCUGUGACCAUUGUGAUGGAGCAAGAGCAAAAAUUGUUGGUCUCAGAUUCUGAUGGCUUCACGGAGAGGGAGAGUAUGAAAAGCAUUUUUACAGGAGGUGAAAGUAAGAAUAAUUUGGAAACUGUUCAACAUAAUAACUCUAAGGCAGAUAAACUUAAAGAGAGAGCCUCAAAGUGGUCUAAAAGUGACUGCCCACAAUAUUGUAAGCAUAAAGACACAAAAGAAAUGCCAUUGACAUGGUCCCAAGAAGGUGAGAUUGAGUGUGAUGAUUCCUGUGAGAAUCAUCUUGGCAACUCAGAGAAUCAGGAAAAUUCUACAGGAAAAGAGGAGGAAGAACCUAAUCACCGGGGAUGGGACUCAGGAGAACACACCAGGGCCUCUGUCCAGCAGAAUGCAUCCUUCCGGGACAAACCCUACAAAUGUUCUGAGUGUUGGAAAAGCUUCAGUAAUAGUUCUCAUUUGCGUACUCAUCAGAGGACCCACUCAGGAGAAAAGCCUUAUAAAUGUUCUGAGUGUGGGAAGUGCUUCAGUAGCAGCUCUCACCUGAUUCAGCAUCUGAGAACACACACAGGGGAGAAGCCCUACCAGUGCGGCGGAUGUGGGAAAAGCUUCAGCAACACCUCCCAUCUUAUUAUCCACGAAAGAACUCACACGGGAGAGAAACCCUAUAAAUGUCCUGAGUGUGGGAAGAGUUUCAGCAGCAGCUCUCACCUUAUUCAGCAUCACAGGUCACAUACAGGUGAAAAACCGUAUGAAUGUCCAGUUUGUGGGAAAUGCUUCCGCCACAGUUAUGUCCUAGUAGAACAUCAGAGGACCCACACUGGAGAAAAACCUUACAAGUGUCCCGAUUGUGGGAAGAGUUUUAGUCAGAGUUCUAGUCUGAUCCGCCAUCAGCGGACACACACAGGCGAGAAGCCCUACAAAUGCCCUGAGUGUGGAAGAAGCUUUGGUUGUAAUUCUACUCUAAUGAAGCAUCAGAGAAUACAUACAGGAGAAAAACCCUAUCAGUGCACAGAGUGCGGGAAGAAUUUCAGUCGAAGUUCCAACCUCAUUGCACACCGGAAAACACACACAGGAGAGAAAUCCUAUGAAAGUUCUGAAUAUGAAGAAAGUUUGAGUCCAAACUGCAAUGUGAUAGAAGAAUGCAGACCCCAGCCAGGAGAGAAGCCAUAUAAAUGUUGCGAAUGUGGAAAGAGUUUUGGCCUCAGCUCCCAUCUCAUUAGACAUCAGAGAACACACACAGGAGAAAAACCUUACAGAUGUUCUGAGUGUUGGAAAACUUUCAGUCAGAGUUCCACCCUGGUGAUUCACCAAAGGACGCACACAGGAGAGAAACCGUAUAAGUGUCCUGAUUGUGGGGAGUGCUUCAGCCAGAGCUUUAACCUCAUCAGGCACCGGCGGACCCAUAUAGGAGAAAAACCUUACAAAUGUGCCGACUGUGAGAAAUGCUUCAGCAGAAGUGCCUACCUCAGUCAGCAUCAGAAAAUUCACAUAGAAAAAUCUUCUGAGUCUCCUGAAGUUGACAAUUUUCCUCAUGAAUGGACUUGGAAAAACUGUUCUGGGGAGAUGGCCCUCAUCUCUUCAUUUUCAGUCCCCAGUUCAUCUCCUUCCUGAGUCCCAAAGUCUGUUUUGUUUUUUUCUUUUCUUUUCUUAUCUUUUCUUACUGGACCAUUAUAAUUAAGGUGUUCACUGAUGAUGGUAUUACAAAGUUUCUUUGGUUUGUUUGCCAGAACAUUUGGGGAAAAAUCAACCCCCCAGCUUAGAGGAUGGGAAGACCCCGAUCACGAGGUCAUUGGAUCUGCCCAGUGAGAGAUACUGCCAGUGCUGGAGAAGAAGAGGAAUGAUUUUUAAUUUAAGUGCAAAAAAGGAACCAGUAUUUCAGAAACAACCUUAAUAGGAGCAGCUGCAUCUACGUUGGUAUCUUCUCAAAAUGAUCCAGAAGUUAUCAUUGUGGGAUCUGGAGUCCUUGGCUCUGCCUUAGCAGCAGUGCUUU